AGUGAGUACUCGAGGAGGGGGCGGGCGCCGGAGUCCCGGCAGCUUCUAGUAGGUUCCAGAAGGCGGCGCGUGCGGUUGGGAACGCGGAGCGGACGGGAACGCGGAGCGCUCGGAUUCGAUUCAACGGGGUUCCGGGCCAGGCUAUGGAGCAGGUGAAUGAGCUAAAGGAGAAGGGCAACAAGGCCCUGAGUGCUGGAAACAUCGACGACGCGCUCCAGUGCUACUCUGAAGCAAUUAAGUUAGAUCCCCAGAACCAUGUGCUCUACAGUAAUCGAUCUGCAGCCUAUGCCAAGAAAGGGGACUACCAGAGAGCCUAUGAGGAUGGCUGCAAAACCGUUGACCUGAAGCCUGACUGGGGCAAGGGUUAUUCACGAAAAGCAGCAGCUCUUGAAUUCUUAAACCGAUUUGAAGAAGCCAAGCGAACCUAUGAGGAAGGUUUAAAACACGAAGCCAAUAACCCUCAGCUCAAAGAGGGUUUACAGAAUAUGGAGGCCCGGUUGGCAGAGAGGAAAUUCAUGAACCCUUUCAACAUGCCUAAUCUGUAUCAGAAGUUGGAGAGUGAUCCCAGGACAAGGGCACUGCUUAGUGAUCCUACCUACCGGGAACUGAUAGAGCAGCUACGAAACAAACCGUCAGACUUGGCCAUGAAACUACAAGAUCCCCGGAUCAUAACCACUCUCAGUGUCCUCAUUGGGGUUGAUCUGGGCAGCAUGGAUGAGGAAGAAGAGGCUGCGACACCCCCGCCUCCACCUCCCCCCAAAAAGGAAACCAAGCCAGAGCCAAUGGAAGAAGAUCUCCCAGAGAAUAAGAAGCAGGCACUGAAAGAAAAAGAACUGGGGAAUGAUGCCUACAAGAAGAAAGACUUUGACUCAGCCCUGAAGCACUAUGACAGGGCCAAGGAGCUGGACCCCACCAACAUGACUUACAUUACCAAUCAAGCAGCGGUAUACUUUGAAAAGGGCGACUACAAUAAAUGCCGGGAGCUUUGUGAGAAGGCCAUCGAGGUGGGGAGAGAGAACCGAGAAGACUAUCGACAGAUUGCCAAAGCUUAUGCUCGAAUUGGUAACUCCUACUUCAAAGAGGAAGCGUACAAGGACGCUAUCCAUUUCUACAACAAGUCACUGGCAGAGCACCGAACCCCAGAUGUGCUCAAGAAAUGCCAGCAGGCAGAGAAAAUCCUGAAGGAGCAAGAGCGACUGGCCUACAUCAACCCCGACCUGGCAUUAGAGGAGAAGAACAAGGGCAAUGAGUGUUUUCAGAAAGGGGACUAUCCCCAGGCCAUGAAGCACUAUACAGAAGCCAUUAAACGGAAUCCACGAGAUGCCAAACUGUACAGUAAUCGAGCUGCCUGCUACACCAAACUCCUGGAGUUUCAGCUGGCACUCAAGGACUGUGAGGAAUGUAUCCAGCUGGAGCCAACUUUCAUCAAGGGUUACACACGGAAAGCAGCUGCCCUGGAAGCCAUGAAGGACUACACAAAAGCCAUGGAUGUGUACCAGAAGGCACUGGAACUGGACUCCAGCUGUAAGGAGGCUGCAGAUGGUCAUCAGCGCUGUAUGGUAGCUCAGUACAAUCGGCACGACAGCCCCGAGGAUGUGAAGCGACGGGCCAUGGCCGACCCUGAGGUACAGCAGAUAAUGAGUGACCCAGCCAUGCGGCUCAUCCUGGAACAGAUGCAGAAGGACCCCCAGGCACUCAGCGAACACUUAAAGAAUCCCGUAAUAGCGCAGAAGAUCCAGAAGCUCAUGGAUGUGGGUCUGAUUGCAAUUCGGUGAUGACUUGCUCAUCUCUUCCCUUCACCCUCGUGGAAAGACGAGCUGGGAUGGCAGCAAGCAGCAUGGUGCAGGGGGAGAGGGAGGAAGACAGCCCAUCUUUAUAUUUAUACCUGCCUACGUGGAAGACACAGACUCAUACAGCCGCUGCCUUGGGCCCUCUGAGCACUCGCAUGGUCUCUCACUGCUGUCCUUGGGUUCCGUGUCUCCUUCCCCUGCCCCCUCAGUCGCUGUCUCGGCUGCUCCCCAUAGUUAGUUAUUUUUUAUUUGGGGCAGUGGGCAUAUAUGGGGAGGGGAGGGUGUUCUUCCCAACUUGGGGCCCCAGCUGUCUUCACAUUGUUAACUCCACGCCUUCUUCAAUAAAACAAGCCAAUCAGGUGUGGUGA